CAACGAUGACAUUAAUACAAGGUAAUAAUACGGUCGUGGCACAACGGUGGUAUUAAACGGUCAUCGUGGCGAGACGUCUCUAUUUUCAAAAUUGGACUUGUUUUUAUUUUUCGUUACGUCGAACGGGUCACAAUUAUUGGUAGUGUCAAACCACGAUUUCCCUAAACCAUGUUUGCCGUAGAUAUUUGAUGAUUGGCGUUUGUGCACCGCGGUCCGAAAUCACACUUAAGAACUACUAAAUUCCAAUUUUGAAACCGUCGCAGGUCUUCGAAUUGACGCCUCGUAGGUGCUUAUUAAUACAAUCGCGGGACUGCAGACAAAUACGGGUUUGGGAAAGUUAUAAUAUCAUAGUAUAGAAAUGGCGUAGAUAUAGGUACCACCUACUGAUGAUAUUUAAUAACGAUUUGCCUCAUAAUAAUAAUAUCCGCGGUUGUAUAUUUAUUACGCAACGAUUGCGCAGUGCGUUAUUUUCUUUGAUCAUAUCCGAAAUUAAACGGUAAAAAAUGUCCACGAGUCGUAGAUAUUGCACGUAUUAGAGAUUGGACAUUUACGCUGUAAGUACGCCUAAAUUACACGUCACGCAUACACAUAGAAAUAUAUACAUAAAACGAGAAUGUUUUUGUCGCUUUUGUGUUUCCACACAGUGUUAAUUCUACAUGUUUUUAUGUCAGUUCAACCAUAAUCAUAUACCUAGGUUAGUAUCUUUUUUCUUAUAAAUUAAAUUUCCAUUAACUUUUAUUAUACGUUUUUUUACCUUUUUAAACAUGCAUGUGGUAUUUUACUUACAAGUGUUAGCACAAGUGUUAAACGUACUAGUUACAUCAAAACUCAUAAAAAAUAAAGUGGUAAACGUGUUGACAUCCACGAGUUCGAACAAUAAAGCUGGAAAUUGCAUACAAAACGCCGAACACGUAGAAACGUCAUUCAUCAAGGAGCUAUGUAAAUCAAAUCCCGAUUUAGAAGAGUUUAUGAUCGCUGCCGACAUUUUGAUAAGAUCCGAUUGUGCUUUGAUCGAUUCGUGUCGAAGGGUGAUCGAGCAACCUCACGAUGACGUCGACGAAGUAGACUUCAUAGUGGUCGGCGGGGGAGUUGCAGGUCCCGUAGUGGCUGGGAGACUGUCGGAAAACUUUAACUGGACAGUGACCCUCCUAGAAUCAGGUCCAGAGCAACCAGCGGCCACAGACAUACCUGCUUUGCUUAGUUCGGCAAUCGCCACGAAGUACGAUUGGCAGUAUACUACGACGCCGCAAAAACACGCUUGUUUGGCAUACGGAGGGGUGUGCGGUUGGCCCCGAGGAAGAUUGUUGGGCGGAACGGCUUCACUGUCAGGUUCUAUGUACUCGAGAGGGCACCGGGACAUCUACGACGGGUGGUUGAGGGAUGGCAACGUCGGGUGGGGAUACGACGACGUGUUGCCGUUUUUCAAGAUGUCUGAGAACAACAAGGACUAUAACACGGAAAUCCACGGGACUCGGGGCCCGAUUCCCGUGCAAAAGCCCACGGAAAUUUUGCCGAUAACGAGGACGCUGAUGGAGGCUGCCCGGGAAUUAGGGUACUCGGAGAUAGACAUGAGCGACCCAAACCCGAUGGGUUUCUCGAUCGCGCAGCUCAUGAUCAACAAUGCGAAGAUCAGGGUGACGACGCCCACGGCAUAUCUUCGGCCGCACCUGCGCACCCGUGGCCACCUGCGCGUCAAGACCAACUGCCACGUUACCCGGCUGUUGGUGGCCGCGGACCGGCGGUCGGUGCACGGCGUCGAGUACGUGGACAGCUCGAACCGUACCAGGCGCCUGAUGGCCAGGAAGGAGGUGAUCCUGAGCGCGGGCGUCAUCGGGUCUGCGCACAUACUCAUGCUGUCCGGCAUCGGGCCGGCAGAAGACCUGCGACCGCUGGGCAUACCAGUGGUGCAGGACCUGCGGGUGGGUCAUAAUCUGCAGCACCACGUGGCUAGCAAGCUGGGCUUUCAGCUGAACGUGACGCACGACCGGCUGUUGACGUACGAGACGAUCGGCCAGUACCUGAAGCAGAGGUCCGGCCCACUGUCCACCACCGGCGGCCUGCAGACGUCCGCGUUCCUGCGGUCCCACCGUGCGGGGCCCAAUGACCCGGCUGACGUACAGUUGUUCUUCGACGGCUACUCGCCCAACUGCGCUUACGCCCAACCGGUGUACGGCGGGUGCUCGGCGGCCUCGAGCCCUGUGCGCAUGAACAUCCGGCCAGUAAACUUGCGGCCACGGAGUCGGGGCACCAUCCGGCUGGCGAGCGCCGACCCGUUCGUCCGGCCGCGAAUCGAUCCCAAUUAUCUGGCCACAGAGGCGGACGCUGACGUGCUGGUAUGGGGCCUGAAGCUGGCCAAUGACCUGGUGUACACCAAGGCUCUGCAGCAGCUGGGAGCCACCGUUGACCGGUCACCAGUCGACUACUGCAACCGGCACACGUUCGCCACCGAACCGUACUGGCGGUGCCUGGUCCGGUACCACACGCGAGGCGAGAACCACCACGCGGGCACGUGCAAGAUGGGCCCGGCCUCAGACCCGACCGCCGUCGUCGACCCCGAGUUGCGUGUCCACCGCGUUCGCGGCUUGCGCGUGGUCGACUCGUCCGUGUUCCCGACACAGCCCAACUGCAACCCCAUAGCGCCAGUCAUCAUGGUCGCCGAGAAGGCAGCGCAUUUCAUCAAGAACACGUGGCGCUGACACUAGGCCGUCCCGAUCACGUCUGCGAUUCGGGUUCUAGACGGCGUACCGGUACGAUUCGUGGUGCAGUCGACGGUAUCUUGCAGGGGGCGACCGUAUGACCAUAUCGGUACAUAUUGUAAAUUCGAGUAUCAUAAAAUAUUUUUUAUUCGUUUUAAAAUACUUUGUGCACCUACUACAAAGGCCAUCAUUGACGUACCCAUCGGUUCAUUCAGUAUUCCGUUUUCGUUAGAACAUAAAAUUACAUUUAUUUAUACAUAAUAUAUAUAACAUCAUACAUCAUAAUAUUGCAAUAAUGUAUACAACUAGCCUAACCUGUAUGUAACUAUACAGUACUGUCUCGUUUUUGUAUAAGAAUUUAAAUUGUUAUUAUUAAGUAAAGCAAGUACUCUCUGUAAUCUCUGUAAUUAAAUGCAAGUUUAUUACACUGUUUAAAAUAAUA